CCAUGACCAAGUGAACAACCAGAGUUCCCCACUAAUCACAUUUUUUUUACGACUAAGCAGCUCCACCCCAAGAUGCCAUCACCGUCAUUAUAAUACUUAAUAGUUAAUACUAUACUUCUUCUAAGACCAAUUCAAAAAAUUCACAAAUCUUCUGGAUCCGCGAUCUUUCUCCUUUUCCUUCUUUCUCUUCUAUUCGAACCGGUUGCUGUGUUGAUUCAGAAUGGCGUUCUUCAGAAGCGUUUCUGCGCUUUCUAGGCUACGAUCUCGCGCGGGUCAACAACCUACCCUUGCCAAUUCAGUUAGAUGGCUUCAAAUUCAGACAUCCACUGCUACUGAUCUACGUUCUGAGUUGAAGGAGCUAAUUCCAGAAUAUCAGGAGCGUGUUAAGAAGCUGAGGAAAGAGCAUGCUAAUGUUGAAUUGGGAAAAAUCACUGUUGAUAUGGUACUUGGUGGAAUGAGAGGAAUGACUGCUUUGGUAUGGCUAGGUUCAGCUGUCGACCCAGAUGAGGGAAUUCGCUUUAGGGGCAUGACGAUUCCUGACUGCCAGAAAAAACUUCCUGGUGCAUGUCCUGGUGGGGAGCCAUUGCCUGAGGGCAUACUCUGGCUUCUAUUGACAGGAAAGAUACCUAAUAAGGAGCAAGUAGAUUCAUUAUCCCAGGAAUUGCGAAGUCGUGCAACUAUCCCAGAUUAUGCUUUUAAGGCUAUUGAUGCUUUGCCUGUUUCUGCUCAUCCAAUGACUCAGUUUACUACUGGUGUCAUGGCCUUGCAGGUUGAGAGUGAAUUUCAGAAGGCAUACGAGAGUGGGAUACCUAAGGCAAGGUACUGGGAACCAACGUAUGAGGAUACAUUGAAUUUAAUUGCUCGUUUGCCUGGAAUUGCUGCUUAUAUUUAUAGGAGGAAAUACAAGGAUGGAAAAAUCAUACCAUUGGAUGAUUCUUUGGAUUAUGGUGCAAACUAUGCCCACAUGUUAGGAUUUGACGAUCCAGAAAUGCUGGAGUUUAUGAGGCUGUAUAUUUCCAUUCAUAGUGAUCAUGAAGGUGGUAAUGUUAGUUCUCAUACAGCCCACCUAGUAGCCAGUCCACUAUCAGAUCCUUACCUUGCAUUUGCGGCUGCUUUGAAUGGUUUAGCUGGGCCACUCCAUGGGUUGGCUAAUCAGGAGGUUCUGCGAUGGAUCCGAUCAAUAGUUGCGGAGUUUGGCACUCCAAACAUUAGUACAGAACAACUGAGCGAGUACAUUCAUAAAACAUUGAAUAGUGGCCAGGUUAUUCCUGGAUACGGACAUGGUGUUUUGCGCAAAACAGAUCCAAGAUACACAUGCCAGAGGGAGUUUGCUUUGAAGCAUUUGCCAAAUGAUCCAUAUUUCCAGCUGGUGUCAAAAAUAAAAGAGGUUGUGCCUCCUAUUCUCACCAAGUUAGGCAAGGUUAAAAACCCAUGGCCUAAUGUUGAUGCUCACAGUGGAGUCUUACUGAACUACUAUGGUCUUACCGAGGAAAACUAUUAUACUGUUCUCUUUGGCGUGUCGCGAGCUGUUGGAGUUGGCCCUCAGUUGAUAUGGGACCGAGCUCUUGGAAUGCCACUCGAAAGGCCCAAAAGUGUUACAUUGGAGAAACUAGAGCAAUUGUGUGCCAAAUAAUCAUAUGGUAAAAUCUGGGUACAAUGUUUGAAAAAAAAAAAAAAAGAGGAAUAUUCAUUAGCUGGGCACAAGUCCCUGAGUUGUUUCAUAAGUUUUUUGGUUUAGGUAAAUGGUGUUCUAUCACCCACGCAGUUGUCUCGCCACGUUUGAGCUGCAUAAAUUAGAUUUCAGGGAGCAUUCAGAAUAAAGGAAUUACUAUUGUUUUGGGGUUAUCUCCUUUCAUAAAUUUCAAAAUGGGAUUAAACCCUUCGGCUAGUGAUCAAUAAACAAGUAUUUACUUCGA